AUGAUGGUUACUGGACCCUGUUCAGGGAGACUGACUGAGCUGAAGCUGAAGGGACUGGAUAACUGUAAGAAGAAGUGGGAUAAUAUUGACAGCAUCAAUCGAGUGUUUUGCUGCAAAAAGACUGAAAUAUCAGAAUAUGUUCAUGAACACUGGAAAGAGGAUGCUUUCUUUGGCUACCAGUUUCUAAAUGGUGUCAACCCCAUGUUGAUUCAGCUUUGUACAGCCCUGCCCAGUAACUUCCCUGUUACUGAUGACAUGGUCUUUCCCCAUGGCCGUUACAGCCUGGCAGAUGAAAUGAAGAAAGGGAACAUAUUCCUGUGUACCUACAAGCGUCUGGAUGGAGUGAAAGCAAACACCAUCAAUGGGAAGAAGCAGUACUUGAUGGUUCCUCUUGUCCUGCUCCACAAAGCUCCUGAUGAUAAGCUAAUGCCGAUUGCCAUUCAGUGGCUCAUGGGCUUGAAAGCGGCUUCAUCCUUCAUCAGAGGAGCAGUAUCAAAGUUUAAGGUGUCCUGCUCCACUUCCCUUGGAAAUCUUGUGCAGAUAGAGUUAGACAAACAGUCUCUCCCACUGUUCCCGGAGGACAGUUGGUUUUGUGCCAAGGUGGAAGUGAAAUCCCCUGAAGGAGACAUCUACAACUUUCCCAUCUACCGCUGGAUCGCUGAUAGCAAGGUGCACCGCUUCAGAAAUGGAAAAGCUCUGAGAGUCUUUGAAGACAACCAUCAUCUUGGCAGGUACAGUCGGCAGCAGGAGAUUCAGCAGCGAGAGGAAGACUAUCGCUGGGAUGCAUAUGCAGAGAAAAUACCUCACUCCAUGAAGGCAGAAAACAUAUCGUCACUCCCGUAUGAGGUUCAGUUCUCCUUCACCAAAAAUUCAGAGUUUUUCUACACUGCUUACAUGGGACUGACUGAGCUGAAGCUGAAGGGACUGGAUAACUGUCAGGAGAAGUGGGAUAAUAUUGACAGCAUCGAUCGAGUGUUUUGCUGCAAAAAGAAUGAAAUAUCAGAAUAUGUUCAGGAACACUGGAAAGAGGAUGCUUUCUUUGGCUACCAGUUUCUAAAUGGUGUCAACCCCAUGUUGAUUCAGCUUUGUACAGCCCUGCCCAGUAACUUUCUUGUCACUGAUGACAUGGUCUUUCCCCAUGGCCGUUGCAGCCUGGCAGAUGAAAUGAAGAAAGGGAACAUAUUCCUGUGUGACUACAAGCGUCUGGAUGGAGUGAAAGCAAACACCAUCAAUGGGAAGAUUCAGUACUUGAUGGCUCCUCUUGUCCUGCUCCACAAAGCUCCUGAUGAUAAGCUAAUGCCAAUUGCUAUUCAGCUGAAGCAGACUCCAUCAGAUGACAAUCCAAUCUUUCUUCCUACUGAUUCUGAGUACGACUGGUUGAUCGCCAAGAUUUUUGUAAGAAGUGCAGAUUUCAAUGAGCAUCAGCUCAAUGUUCACCUUCUGCGCACGCACUUGCUGGCUGAGGUUUUUGCAGUGUCACUGCUGCGCAACGUGCCCAUGGUGCAUCCUCUGUACAAGCUUCUCAAACCUCACACACGCUACUCACUGCAUGUCAACCUCUUAGCUCGAAGUCUUCUCAUAUCUGAGACUGGCAGUUUCACUCAGUUUGCAGCAUCGGGUGGAGAGGGCAUGUUUACUAUCCUGCAGAGGUCAGUGUCCUCAGUGACCUACAGCUCCCUCUGUAUGCCAGAUGACAUUGCUGAACGUGGCCUGGAGGCUGUGCCAAACUUCUACUACAGGGAUGAUGGACUAAAGAUUUGGGAUAUCAUCCACAGGUUUGUGCACAGAAUUCUCAGCUACUAUUACAAGACUGACAGCGAAGUCGAGCAGGACUCUGAACUUCAGAAGUGGAUUUUGGAUAUUUUUGAACAUGGAUUCCUUUCUCGGGCAGAAACAGGAAUUCCUCAGAGAUUCACUUGUGUGACUGAGCUGGUCAAGUUUGUCACCAUGGUGAUCUUCACUUGCACAGCCCAGCAUGCAGCUGUGAACUAUGGACAGUAUGACUAUGGUGGCUGGAUGCCCAACACUCCCCUCUCCCUGCAACGUCCACCACCGACCACAAAGGGGACGACAAGCGAGGCUACGAUGUUGGCGACCCUCCCUGACGUCAGUGUAACAGUUCAGGGCAUGGCCACCAUGUGGCUGCUCAGCAAGCAGUCCAGUGACUUUGUCCCUCUUGGCCAGUACCCGGAGGACCAUUUCACUGAGGAGAUUCCCCGCAAGCUGAUAAAGGAUUUCCAGAUGGAGCUUGAAGAUUUGAGUUUAGUCAUCAAAGCCAGAAACAAGCGCUUAGAAAUCCCAUACACCUGCAUGGAUCCAGCAGUGAUAGAAAACAGCGUGGCCAUUUGA